GACCAUUUUACCCACACACUUCCCUCUUCAAAACGGCCGUUCGUUUCACCAAAUCUCGACAGCAAAGGAUAGCCUAAACGAGAAAAUAAUGGAAGGAGAAACUGAGCAAAACGACAACACUACCAGCCGAAACGACACUUCAUGGAGCGCUACAACGAACUGGACCAUCGCCGAUGGCUCUCUCGUAAAUUCAAUCACUUUCGAGUCCACUUUGUCUCCGACCACUGACGACAACGGAAAUCGAAACUCCGCCGAAAAUUCGACUCCUCAAUCUCCUCUUGUUCUGUGCCCUCCCUCAACUGAUCAAACGCCCUGCGAGAUCAGUAUUAAUUUUGCUCGAAAAGUUGAGGUGCAGCAGGUUUAUGUACGGAGUACGGCUCGAGUGUAUGAGAUAUAUUAUGCUUCCGAUCUCAAGAGUAGCAAUGACUAUCUUUGUACUGUUCACUGUGGUGUUGCCACUAGAGAUGAAGAAGUGCUUCACACCCCUGAUAUUGGAGAAGUUACUUUGAUGAAUCAGAAAGGAGAUUGUAAAGGAUCGGAUGAAAAGAAACCCAAAAGGGAGAGUAGUUUGAGCACCAACGAGGAUGGCUGGGUUGAAGUGAAAGCUUUUGAUUCUCCUCGACUUGACAAUGGAAAUUCGAAUUCUGGUACAAAGACAGAAGGGAGCAUGAUGGAUUUUUAUGAGGCUACGGCACAAAUCACUGAUGCAGACCCCUGCAUGUCCAUUACACUCAGGCUGCUGUCACUUCAGAAUAAAGGAUGUGUAUUUGUUGAUGAGAUCUAUAUGUUUGGUGAUCCUGUUGAGCCAGCUGAAUCAGAAAAUGUAACAAGUCGGACUGAAACUGAUGGCAGUUCUCUGAUGGCCAUGUUUGUGCCUACCCUUUUGCAGUUAUCUGAAGCGAGAAGUGUCCGUCGAAUACAAGAUGAUCAUAUUUUAGAUGCCAAGGAAAGGGAGAUGAAAGAAUUUAGCUCACAAACUCCUUAUUUAACCAAUUCUGCAAACAAAAUUCAUUGGGAAGAAAAUUCUGGUUUAGCUGAUAAGCAGAAAGUAAAGUUGCAGGAAACAGUUGGUUCUGUGGCAAUAGCAUCCCAGGUUGAGAAACUUGGGAUACCUUCACAAGUUUCAGAUGGAGAAAGGAAGCUUGACUUACCAUGCAGUCAUAAUGAAAAAGUUCUGGACCAUCUUGUUUCUCGAGUGAGCAGAAUAGAAGAUCUCCUUUUGAGGUUUGAAGAACGUAUGCUGAAACCCUUAAAUAGCAUUGAAGCAAGGCUCCAGCAUGUAGAACAGCAGCUUGAAGAACUCAACAAGAAGCCACAGAAUUCUGACUUGCAGUGUUGUACAAGAAUUUAUGCUCCAGAGUUUUCUUGCCACGAGUUAGAUGAUUUCUUUGAUAGCAAUGAAAAUAAUAUGCCCACUUCAGAUGAGAUGGGUUCUCCUUUAUGUAUCCCACCUGAGGAUGGAGUGGAUUUGGCAAAUGCUAGUCACUCCCUCUCAAGUCUUGUUGUCACUGCUCCUGAGUUUUCACAUGCUGAUGAGGAAGAAGAAGAUGAAUUGGAGGCAGUGGCAGAUUCUUCAAAAGAGGAACCAAAGCGUGCUUUGUCAAUCGAUGAUGCUUUAGCAUCUGCACUUGCAGGACUGAUGUCUUCAACAUCAGCUGAACGUCAGAAAUAUACUCAAGCUCUUGCUAUAAAAGCUCCUGAUUUUUCUUUUGAGGAAGAUAGCAACAGUGGUAAAAGGGCUAUGCAAGAAACUAAAGAUGGAAUAGCCACUGAUCCUCCAUUCAACCACACUGUAACUGAUGAGACAGAAUGCAUAAUUUCAGCAUCAACUUCUUCAAAUAUUCACUUCUUAGAGAGUAAAUUGAAGAAAAUUAAAUCUUUCAACGAUCACUACUUGGAGAAUACUGGGGAGGGGGUUGACGAGAAAUUCUGGUUCAAUGAGGAAGGAAAAGAUUCACAGGCCAGUGAUAUCCAGGAUGCAAUUGCUUCAGAUGGGCAGGUGGUAACAGAGACCAAUUUGCAUAAGAUAACAGAGGACAUAGAAGGUUUAGAAGCUAGCAACAGAUUCAGCAACAUUUCUGCUCUUGGUUAUUGUGAGGCUGUGGACCAAUUUCUUGACAAUCAGAUUGAUGGUGGCUCAGAUUUGAUCCAGGAAAUAACUUUUGCAAACUUUGAAUUUAGCACUACCGCAGAAGUCAAGGAUGAAGAUUGUGAGAAAGUGAUUCUGCAGGACAUUUUUUAUUUUCCAAGUGCUUCCUCCAUUGUGGAUUUUGAAAUACCAAUCUUGGAUGUUAACUUUGUUUCUCAGGACAUUUCCCCUAGUGCAUCUCUCCUUGAGGCCCUUUUGGCGGACUUACCAGAUUCAAAUGAUGAGGUUCCUUGUGCUACCGAACAGGAUGAUGUUUCUCAAGUUGGCGAGCAAUGUGACUUGAUUUCAGUAGAUGAUUACAAAUCAAUAAUUCCAACAAAUGCAAACUAUUUCUCUGUGGAUGUCGACUACUGCAGUUUAGGAGAGAUACCGUUAACUGUUGAGGAUGAAGGAUUGCAGGAAUAUUAUACAAGCAACGGAGGAGAGUGUGAGGUGGGACUCAUAUAAAUCGAUUCUUGUUGUUUAUAACUGAUAUGGUCAUAUGUGUGCUUGUACCUGGGUUCAAAAGCUGUGGAAACUGGCAUACCUAACUGCAAAUGUUAGGUUGUACAUAAAUAAUCCGGUUUAGACUUAGCAAAGCUUUGUGUUCAUUGAAAGUAGAUUUGUCACUGACCUUUUUUUUUUAAUUAUUGAAUAAUAUACUUCAUACACUGGCA